AUUGGCUUCAGAUUUAUCAAAAGACCAAUCAAAUAAAUACAUUUAAAAUCACUUCUGAAUAAGAAUAAUGGCUGCUUAUGGUUCUCUCUUCCUUCUCCUCGCCUUCCUUACAAGCUUGAAACCUUCUAUACAGAUAGUACAGCAACCCGUCCCUAACUACGUCGGCUAUAGUUGUACAAAUGGGAAAACUUACCUCAAAAACAGCACAUACUCCUCCAAUCUCCGAACCCUUUUGUCUACUCUUUCUUCCAGCAACACCUUCUCCACCGGAUUCUAUAGCCUCGUUUUAGGUCAGAAUCCUGACUUGGUUUUCGCACUUUACCUCUGCCGUGGAGAUGCCUCGUCUGAAGUCUGCCGUGACUGUGUCGUCUAUGCUAUUAACGAACUUCUGAAUCAAUGUCUAGAUGGGAAAGAAGCCUUCAUAUUAUGCGAAGACUGCAUGCUUCGAUACGCUGACAGGAAUAUUCUCUUGGAUCCUCCUACAACAAGAAAUGAAAUCCUCAUGGUGAACCAGCAGGAUGUUACGGCAAACAUAUCAGAUCGCUUCAAUAAGGUACUCUUCUCUUUGAUGAACGAAGCUGCAGAGGAGGCUUCUGAAACUGAAAGUCCAAGAAAAUUUGCGAUUAAGAAGACGUACAUCACAUCGUCCCAAACGGUUUAUGUAAUGGUUCAGUGCACGCCUGGUCUGACAAGAGACAGCUGCUUAAGUUGUCUGCAACGUAUCAUCGGUAUAUUGCCUCGUAACACAAUAGGAGGAAUAAUUUUUGUGCCGACUUGUACCUUAAGGUACUAUCCUGAUCCUUCCUUCGGUGACACCCCACUUACUCCGCUGGUACCAGCUCCUCCAUUGCCAGUACGUCAAGCUAUUCUCCCUCCUCCGCAGCCGAGCAUUUCUGAUCUAAGACUUAACGUACCAAAAGGCAAAAAAUCCACAAUAAUAAUCAUAGCAAGUGUAGUUGUCCUGCUUGCUAUCUCUGUUCUGCUUUUCAUAGCUUGUUAUUGUUUCCGUGCAAAAAGGGCCAAGAAGACUUAUGAAACAGCAGCUGCGGAUGAUGAUGGGGAUGAUAUUACAACUGCAGGCUCACUGCAGUUUGAUUUUAAGGUUGUUGAAGCUGCGACAGAUAAUUUUUCCGAAAGUAACAAACUCGGUCAAGGUGGAUUCGGACAAGUUUACGAGGGAACUCUUCCUAAUGGUUUACAAGUUGCUGUGAAGAGACUUUCAAAAAAAUCAGGACAAGGUGAAAAAGAGUUCAAGAACGAAGUAGUUGUUGUUGCAAAGCUUCAGCACAAAAAUUUGGUGAAGCUUCUCGGAUUUUGUUUGGAGAGAGAAGAGAAGAUACUUGUCUACGAGUUUGUGCAUAACAAAAGCCUUGAUUACUUCUUGUUUGACUCUAGAAUGCAGAGCCAACUGAAUUGGACUAGAAGGUAUAAGAUCAUAGGAGGCAUUGCUAGAGGAAUUCUCUAUCUUCACCAAGAUUCACGGCUCACGAUUAUACAUCGAGACCUCAAAGCGGGUAACAUCUUACUGGACGCUGACAUGAAUCCGAAAGUUGCAGAUUUUGGAAUGGCUAGAAUUUUUGAAAUGGACCAAACCGAAGCCAAUACAAGAAGAGUAGUUGGAACCUAUGGUUACAUGUCCCCGGAGUAUGCAAUGUACGGUCACUUCUCAAUGAAAUCAGAUGUCUAUAGCUUUGGAGUCUUAGUUCUUGAGAUAAUAAGUGGGAGGAAGAACAGCAGUCUCCGUCAGAUGGAUGGUAGUGUAUGCAACUUGGUUACAUAUACUUGGAGACUAUGGAGCAGUGGGUCUCCACUAGAGCUUGUGGAUACAUCUUUUCGUGAUAACUAUCAAAGAAACGAAAUUAGCAGAUGCAUCCAUAUCGCUUUAUUAUGUGUCCAAGAAGAUACCCAAGAUCGUCCAAACAUGUCAGCAAUCGUCCAAAUGCUUACUACUAGCUUGAUCGCCCUAGCAAUGCCUAAACCACCUGGAUUUUUCUUUGGAAAUAGGCAUGAACAAGCUGGUCCAUCCGUCCAUAAGUAUGCUCCCUGCUCCAUCGAUGAUGCAUCCAUUACUUCUGUAGCUCCUCGUUAAAAGACAAACUCAGUUCACAAACCAUAAACAAUCGCUAAUUUUGUGCUCAUAUUAGAAUCUAGAAGAAUGCUUUGUGGUCAUGGUAUAUGAUAUAAGCCCUCCCAGUUUUGAGUUAAAAACAAACCACGUAAGGUUUUAUCAAAGUCUUAACAUUGUCUAUCUCACCACAUUAUAAAUCAUGUACAUCACUU